AUGAAGCUCCUUUCUCUCACGACGUCAGUCGGCGUUGCUCUGGCUCUACUUGGCACCGCCUCGGAGGUCAUCAGCACUCCCCUCUUUAUCCCAACGCGCCAACAACAGGUGGAUGGAGCUGCACGAAUCAUCAGCUCUAACCCUCUUUUGGUGAAGCACUGCAAAGCUUAUCUGAAAGCAAACAAGUACCAGGACAAGCUGACGACGGUGACCACGACCACAACAGCCACUGCAACAUCCACACCCGCUGCAGCUACGACCACCGCCACCGUCACGGUCACAACGACCAGCACGAGCACCGUCUCCGUGAGCCCAAGCCUCUUCUAUCCCAACAAUGCACCUCCAGGCGAGACCUACGCUGCCCGCCGUCGCGACCUCGAGCCUCGAGGCGCAAAAUUCGUCGUGCCCGUGCCCGCACCCCUCAAACCAUGGGCCAGCAUCAUCUUUGACGCCUGCGUCAAAGCCGUCUAUCCGCCACCCCGACCCACGAGCACUGUGACAUCCACUGUGACAGGUGAGUAGUCCCGAGGCGAGACGCUUUGCACCUCACGUUGUGCUCACUCGAACACUGCUGCUGGUUGCUUCAGUCUCGACGACGCUGGCCGCUGCAACCGUCACCACGACGACCACGACAACGUCGACCCAGACGGCGACUACGACGACGGUCGUAGGAGCGCUACAAUCCGCAUCCCCUCCUCCGCCUGCCAAAGCGGGAGACGUCGUCAGCUAUUUCCGCGUGGAGGGCAUCGAUCGCACGAUUUACGAAGGCUACGUGAGCACCAGCGGCAAAGAUAUCACCACACCAAGCGGAGGCACGCACAGAUGCGACGGCACCAACAACAAUGCCAACCCGUUUCCAAGCGGAACGUUCACUACGCUCAUCAACGAUGCUCCUCUCGACUUCGACGGAACUUAUUCGAAUCAAUUUUCAGACUUCUUCAUCACCUCGAUAGGUGGUUUGGCUCAAACUGGCAGCAAGUUUUGGGUGAGUAUGAGAGAGCGCGCAUGACGAGCGAGAAGACACGCUCACCUUCUAUCGCAAUGCAUCAUCGCACCCAGGGCAUUCUCCGCAAUGGCGUCUUCACCCCCACAGGUGGCUGUCAGGAGCAAGUUUAUCCCAACGCCAACGAUGAAGCAAUGUGGCUGUGAGUUGACUUUGCUCGUCACUGGGAAAUGAUUGCCCAUGCUGAUGACUUCAAUUCAUCACAACGUUCACUCUUUUCAUCAGCUACGAUGCGUUCGCGGCCAACAAGGUGCUUCUGAGAGCCUCGUUGGUGUCAAGCUCUGCACUCUUCACCGCCGGGCAGGGCUUCGUUGAGGUCCAAGUGACACAGGGAAAUCCAAAUGGUGGGAAUACGUCACCGGCCGGAUCGGCUACCAUUGGCGGUGUUACAACGAACAGCGACGGACGUGCUUCCAUUCCCGUUCCCUCCACGCCCGGUUACUACGCCUUCAAAGCUACUCGCGGCGAGUCAGGCAGGUCAAACUCUGUGCUCAUCUACGUCGUCGGAGCUUCCUCUUGA